CACCAGUUUACCUGUCCUCACAGCUGAAGCUCCCAUUCACACACUGAGCAUGGAAGGUUUGUGGAAAGGCUGUGUGCUGCUGCUGGUGCUCUGCUUGACUUCUUACCAAGCUACUGCAAGUCCUUUGUCUUGGGAGAAAGAGUGCUUAGAAGGUCCAGAAACAUGGUGUCAGGAUUUCCCAACAGCAUUGAAAUGUGGGACCUUGGAUCACUGUCAACAUAUGAUGAAUACUGUCCCUGAGUUCAGCUUCAGAUGUUCUAUAUGUAAACUUGUUGUAGUCAUGAUGGCAAAAGUCAUACAAGACAAUUCCACAGAUGAAAGGAUCUGUAGGUUCAUGGAGAGAGGAUGCCAGUACCUUCCCUUCCAAGACUGGGCAGUCAAAUGCAAGAAGAUGGUAGACACUGGAGUUAUAAUUCUGGUUGAACUUGGAAAACAAGUGCAGGAUAGACCUGAAAUAGUGUGCGCUGCUUUCAGGUUUUGCAUUGAUGAAGAAAGGCCCAAAGGAGCUCUGAAGUUCCAGAAGCCAUUAGAACCCAAUGGAGAGCCUCAACUGGACUUCGCCGAAAUGGCAUCUCCUUUCAUGGCUAAUGUGCCUCUUCUCCUUUACCCUCAAGAGGAGACUCAGGAGAGCGGAGAUUCCUGCAGUGAGUGUACCAAGGUAGUUGCUGAUAUGAAGGAAGCUAUGAAGAGCAGUCCCUUCUUUGUCCAGUCCUUAGCUGCUUAUGCCAAACAACACUGUGAAAAACUGGAGUCUACAUUGGCUGAGGAGUGUAAGAAGUAUGUCUUUGGCUAUGUACAUAUUUUUAUCCAGCUGCUGACAGAGUACUUGGACCAGCAACCAAAGGCUAUUUGUACUGAAGCUGGAUUCUGCAACUCUGCACAUCCUGAGCCUGUUCAUGCUUUGGAAUCAAACAGCCACUUUCAUGAAGUCUAUGCAGCACUGGCUGAGGAGCAAGUUCUGAGGCAAGAAGAUCCCUUUUUGGUAUGUGGCAUGUGCAAGAAAAUGAUUGAGACAGCGGAGGGACUGCUGGAGAACAACGUGACUGAAGAGGAAAUAGUCCGUGGAAUGUUGAAAAUCUGCUAUGUGCUGCCUCAUGAAGUCUUAGCCCAAUGCAAGGACUUUGUUGACUCUUAUGGGAAGGCUGUUGUUGUCAUGCUCCUGGAUGCAACCAAACCUGAAGCUGUGUGCAUCAUGCUACGAUUCUGCCCCAAAGAUCUCUCUUUGCUCACAGAGAUGCUAGCUCUGCAACAGCUAGUGAACUACCAUGAGAAAUAUAAUGACAGUGAAUAUUGCCAUAUUUGUACAAUUCUCAUUAAAUACGUCGAUGAGACACUGGAGAGGAAUGAAACACAGACACACAUUGGAACUGUGCUUUCUAAAGGCUGCCAAUUGCUGCCAGAAGCUUUGGUGUACCCGUGUGAUCAGCUUGUGGAACAAUAUGAACCAGCAGCCCUCCGCCUUCUGAUUCAGGUCAUGGAACCAACCUUUGUAUGCACUAAAAUAGGAGCCUGUCCUGAAUCCCAUUUUCUGGGCAUGCAAGCCUGUGCCCGGGGCCCUUCCUACUGGUGCAUGAACAAAGAGACUGCAGCUCAGUGUCAGGCCACUGAAUACUGCAGACGUCAUCUAUGGAACUAAAGGAAGCCUGUUCAGCAAGUGAACAUUGCUUUUGUUUUGAAAUCCUGGAAUUUGAUGGGGUUAGGAAAGAGAGAUAUCUACAACUUGGAAGAACCCCAUAUUUCUUUUCUACCUUUGGUUUCAUUUGUAAUGUGGCUCCCCACUCGGGUUUGCAGUGCUCAAGAGGGGGAACUCUCUGUGUAUUCUUGGUUAAUGAUGCUGUAAAACACCAUACAUUUAGUGUCCUCUUUUUGAGCUAUGGUGGAGAAGGGAUGGGGUGGGGCAAGGGGUGGGGAAGGGAAGGGAAGAGAUGCUGGGAAAAUGUGGCAUGUAUUCAGGGAGAUGAUAAUUUCUGCAGAACAUGUUUUAGUGUGAACAGAUUGCCUUAUUAUUAUUUUUAAAUCCCAGCUCAACAUUAAUUAUAGUAACAUGCCAAGGGCUGACAAAGAAUUAUGAGAGAUGAGACUCAAUUAGACCCUCCACCAAAUCUCCUUCCAGUUUAUCUCCCUAAUGUUUCCCCCUUUAACUGACUGUCAACUACUUUUAAUAUUCUGUGCUUCCCAAAGCAAAUUCAAGCAUGGAUUUUUAAAUUUUUUUGUUCUGGUUAAAUUAAAAGAUAAUGUUUUUCUGCAUACUUUGGGAGCUUGUAGAAACUCAUGUAUGUGUUUGGAUGGCCUAUUUUUGCUGCUUUUGGGAUCAUAACAGCCACUUUAAUAUUAAUAUAAUGAUGCUCCCUGUGUAGGAAAAUAUUUUGAAAGGCUGACUGGAAAGAAUGAAUUGGAGCUGCCUGCUUGUACAUGUGAACUGUGGGAGGGAUUCACUGAUUUCAUUUGGAGUCUGGAGAGCUUAAACAUGGCUUCGGCCUUUCUUCUUUUGAGAUGUGUACACAUAUUGACUUCAGCUGUAGUCACCCCCGAAUAAAGAUGCACAGUUAUUGCUGUAUCAAAAAAAUGUGUCCAAUAUGCAUGUUGAACCACACCACAUGGGAAUACUUUAUACUAAAUGUAUGUGCAGAGGUGUGUUCCAUUACACAGAUCUCCUAGGUUGAUAAAAUGGCCUGGGUUUUAGAUUAAUCAGGACAGAAUCACAUAGCUGUUCCCCCUCCACCCCCAUGUUGCAAUAAGUAUGUAAAAAGCAACCACCAAAGUAAUGAGCAAUUCCUGCUCCUUUUUGCAAUAUGCUGAGCAGCAAAAAGAGCAGGCAUUUCAUUUGGUUUUAUUUUCCCCUGUAAAGUAGAAAAAGAGGCAAAUAGUCAGGAGACCAACCAGCAAAUAUUAAGCAGUAUCAUACAUGUGCUAGUAUGAAUAUUUUGUGUAGGACUUAGUGGCAUCUGUUCAAAGCCAAAUUCCAAAGCCACUGGCUGAAUCUGUCACAGCCUGCAAUUUUAGAGACAUGCUGCAGUGUAGACUAGCCCCUAAAAGAUACCACUGUAAGAUAAUAUAUUUGUUGGUAAGCACUUAAAAUCUGCACUGAAUCUAUGCAUCUAUCAGUUGAAUAGAAGAGAGUGUUUAGCAGGUAUAGCUUGUCAAUGUGAUAGAAAAGCAGAAGUGAAAAAAAUGCCAUCCACUGAAAUUCCCUCUUCUACACAGCUAUUGAGAUACAAAGAAAAGGUAAAAGUGCAAGCACAGGUUCAUUACUGAUGCAUGAAGUGACAUCACAUCACGUUCAUGAGGCAAACUUCAUUAAGAUACAAGCCUGUUCUUUAUUGAGGCUGAGCUCCAUUUACUAUAUGGGAAGCAUACUCCAAUAUUUUUUGUAACUUUGCAUUUUCUCUCCCCCUGCCCCUGCUCAAUAUACUUGAUGAGAACACAUGCAGUUGCUUCAGUAUUUCACCAAAAUACCUGUAAUAACAAAAUAUUAAAGAAUUAUUAUGGA